AUGUCUGAGAGUGCGGAGCUGUACUUUAACAUAGACCAUGGCUACUUGGAGGGCCUGGUUCGAGGAUGCAAAGCCAGCCUCCUGACCCAGCAGGAUUACAUCCACCUGGUCCAGUGUGAGACCUUAGAAGAUCUGAAGGUUCAUCUCCAGACCACUGAUUAUGGCAACUUCUUGGCUGAUCAUACGGGUCCUCUUACUGUUUCCAUCAUUGAUACAAAAAUGAGGAAAAAGCUAUGCAGAGAGUUUGAAUAUUUCCGGAAUCAUUCCCUGGAACCCCUCAGCACAUUUUUCACCUACAUGACGUGCAGUUACAUGAUAGACAAUGUUGUCCUCUUGAUGAAUGGUGCACUGCAAAAAAAGCCCGUGAAGGACAUUCUGGCUAAGUGCCACCCAUUGGGGAGUUUCAUGGAAAUGGAAGCAGUCAACAUUGCAGAAACAGCUUCAGAUCUCUUUAAUGCUGUUUUGCUGGAAACACCAUUAGCUCCAUUCUUUCAAGACUGUAUGUCUGAAAAUACUCUAGAUGAACUGAAUAUUGAAUUACUGCGUAAUAAGCUGUACAAGUCUUAUCUGGAGUCCUUCUUUAAAUUCUGUAAGAACCAUGGUGAUGUCACAGCAGAAAUUAUGUGCCCCAUCCUAGAGUUUGAGGCAGACAGACGAGCUUUUAUCAUCACUCUUAACUCGUUCGGCACUGAAUUAACCAAGGAUGAUCGAGAGUCCCUUUACCCAACCUGUGGCAAGCUCCAUCCUGAGGGCCUCCGCCUGUUGACUCAAGCAGAAGACUUUGAACAGAUGAAGAGAGUAGCGGAUCAUUACGCAGUUUACAAGCCAUUAUUUGAUGCCGUGGGUGAUGGCAAUGGGGGAAAGACAUUGGAAGAUGUGUUUUAUGAACAUGAGGUACAAAUGAAUGUGCUGGCAUUCAACAGGCAAUUCCACUAUGGCAUUUUUUAUGCAUACAUAAAGCUGAGGGAGCAAGAAAUGAGAAAUAUCGUGUGGAUAGCAGAAUGCAUUUCACAGAGACAUCGAACUAAAAUCAAUAGUUACAUUCCAAUUAUAUAG